AUGCCGCGAACCAGCAGGAACCCCUCUUCGGGCUCUGUCCAGAUUACACAAGCUAUGCACGGCAUAUUCAGUCAGAACAAGAUUAAACCUCUCAGCAAGGGAUCCCUCCAACUGCCGUACCAACGACCGCAUCCGAACUGUCGCAAGUUCUCGUCACCCGCAGUGGAGCAAGUGAUAGACGACCUCUAUCCGCGUAUAAAAGACGCGGACCUGGCACAAAUAUUUCAGAAUGCCUUUCCCAAUACCCUUGACACGACGGUGUUAUGGCACGUGGACGGAGACAAGACCCACGCCCCAGCGUCAAGACUGCUACGAGACAAGGACAAAUGGAAAGGGGCACAAUCAUUUAUUGUCACUGGCGACAUCAACGCCGAAUGGCUACGCGACUCGACAAACCAACUAGCUCAAUAUCAACUCCUCGCCAAAUCCGCCUCAGGCAUCUCAAGCCUCAUCCUCGGCGCGAUCAACACGCAAGCCGAAUUCGUCAUCUCCUCGCCCUAUUGCAAUGCCUUCCAACCACCGGACCCGUCGCGCCUCCCCCCAGUCCACUCCGGCCAGGACGACAUCGUCCACCCGGCAUAUGAACCCAGCGUCGUGUUCGAAUGUAAAUACGAACUCGACAGUCUGGCUGCCUUCCUGCGUCUGACCAACGAGUACCACUCCUCUACCGGCUCAACGGCGUUCCUGACGACGAGGUGGUUCAGAGCAUUGGAAGCUCUCCUGGAAGUCCUCGACGCGCAGGCGAGACCCACGUUCAACGCCGACUCUGGCUGGUACGAACGCAACGAAUACACCUUUUCCCGCACCACACGCAUUGGCACCGAGACUCUUAAUCUGGAGGGCACGGGCAACCCCUUAGCCGCGGGGACCGGUCUGAUACGCUCGGCAUUCCGCCCCAGCGACGACGCGACCAUCUUCGGCUUCCUCAUCCCGGCCAACGCAAUGAUGAGCGUAGAACUCUCACGUGCGGCAACCAUGCUGAAAUCCGCGAGUUCUGCGGCAUCCAGCGAACGACAAGCGAAAGAGCUUCUGCGACUCGUCCAGGAUCUCUCGCAGCGUGGGAAGAUCAUCCGAGAGGGGAUCUACAAGCACGCAGUUGUCACACAUCCCGAGUUUGGCCAAGUCUUCGCCUACGAGAUCGACGGGUAUGGCUCGCAUUUACUGAUCGAUGACGCAAACAUCCCGUCUCUACUCUCCCUUCCACUUCUCGGCUUUGUCGAUGCCUCGGAUGAAAUCUACCAGAAUACCCGGCGCAUGAUCCUCUCUCCGCGUGGCAAUCCGUACUACCUCUCCGGCGCCAAGUUCAGCGGUAUAGGCGGCCCGCAUAUCGGCCUGCGGAACGCGUGGCCCAUGUCUGUGCUCGUCCAGGCCAUGACGUCGACCUCGGACGCUGAAAUCCUGGAAUGUCUGGAGCGGGUGAAGAAUGCCAGCGUGUUCGGGCUGGUGAACGAGUCCGUGGACGUCAACAGAGGCGUCAGGAAGGGCGGCGGUGGAGAGGGCAUGACGCGGAGUUGGUUCGCGUGGGCGAACAGCGUCUUUGCCCAGACUGUGCUGUGGUUGGCGGAGAAGAAGCCUCGACUGCUUCUCACGGAAGAGGCAGACGGGAGUAGCACGAGGGGGUACAGAGUUGGAGUCGGCUGGGUCGAAUAUUCUGUGUGA